AUGGUUCGCAGGGCCAACAAUUCACGACGGCAGCUGAAGAACCCAAGAAGUGGCGGUCAAAAGGGGGGAGGGCUUUUGACAUCGACGCAAUUCAUGAUGCUGACCGUCGGCUUUGGAGCCCUGUUUCUGGCACUGAAUAUAUACCAUCUCAUGCCAGCGGCUGGGUUGGUUUUGAACAACAAUCCUGUGGCUUCAACAACAACCGCUGAUGAAGGAGAAUCACCACCACCUGGUGCUGCUGCCCAAGAAAGAAAAAUUCAGUCAGUGGAUUCAUCAGUGGGGGCACUAUCAUCACCACUCCGAGGAGAUGGUGUCCAAUAUCACGUCGUUUUCUCCACGGGAUGUUCACCCAAGCAAAACUUUCAGUCCUACAUUUUCUUCUUCCAUGCCAUGAAGAGCCAACAACCGGGAAAAGUCACACGGAUUGCUGCCUGUGAAGGUGACACUGAGGCGGAUGCAUUGAGAGCACAUCACAAGGAAUUUGUUGAGCCCAUGUCUCCCAAUUUUCUACUACAUAUCACCCCCGAUUAUAGUCGUAUCAAAAAGGAUGGAAAUACGUAUCAUUACUUCAAUAAACCUUUCAGCACACAUCACUGGAUGGAAAAUGCCCUGGGCUACACACCAAAACACAAAAAUGUGGGCGAUAACAAACACGACAAUGCCAUCGUCAUCUUAUGUGAUCCAGACCAAGUUAUCAUGAGACCUUUCACCAAAAACACUUUCCUCAACAACUCCAAAGUUUGGAUGAAACGAACCACACAUCCCAUCAUUGACCAUGUUGACCAUGGAGCACCAGCUGGACAACUAUAUGGAUUCCAAGAUCAAUGGAAAACAAAAACAAAUAUUACUCGAUACGUACCCAAAGACGAAUUGCCAUCUUACGUACAAACCAUGUCGGACGCCGAAAUGAGAGAAAAUUAUGCUGUCGGGCCACCCUACAUGGCCACAGCUCACGACUUUUAUACCAUUGUCACUCGAUGGAAAGACUUUGUGCCAUUGGUACACGACGAUUAUCCACACUUGCUGGCAGAAAUGUUUGGGUACUGUCUCGCCGCCGCGCAUUCGCGUCUCCCACAUCAAGUGGCCAAAGGAUUCAUGAUCUCCGAUGUGGCAUCCUUUGGGAAUGAAGGCUGGCCUAUGAUGGAAAAAUACACCGUACGAGAUGUAUGUACGCCAGGAGCCAUUGCUCCGCAAGAUACACCCAACAUUCUACAUUACUGCCAACGAUACACGCUCGGCAAGUUUGUCAUUGGAAAACAUCGCAUCCCAUUGACAUUUCUGGGCUGCGAGGAUCCCCUGCUCACCGAACCACCGCCCGAUAUUGGGGAACGGUUCAAUUUCUUUUUCGAACCAGAUAGAAAAGAAGAAGUCAAAAAGAAUUUGCCACAACCAGUCAUCAAGCCUAAUGCUUACAUGUUGUGUCACCUGAUACCCUAUUUGAAUGAAGCUGCAACGUACUGGAAAGAUCAUCACUGCGAAGGAAAGACACCCAACAAGGAAAAGACACUCAAGUGGUUCGACAACAUGGAGGUUGCACCGCACUUUUUUGAGGACAACUAGCCUCGUGUAGUCAUCGAUUGAUUGAUUGAGAAAGCCGUGUGGUUGGCUGCCUACUUGCUAACUGGGGGUGGUCCGCCUCUUUUUCAUCAAGGCUGUUCGAAGGCGGGACAAGCGUGUUCGAUUUGGAUGUGUUCUCGGGUGCUUCGGGUGAAACCAUGCAGUACCGUAGCCGAGAACGGUCACAGUUGGGGCGAAUUGCCGAUCCCGUCUACAGACGAUUUAAUGAAAGCAUCUGCGGGAGAACUGCCAGCUGGCCGCUCUAGUAGCGUUGAAGUCUACGCGUGCACAUGCAUAGGAGUAAGGCAGGUACAUGCAUGUACCCCAACACCCGCGCACUUCUUUGACGUAGUAAUAUCAUCACCAAAGCCUAAACGGCUGGACUCACUCGUGCAGCACUUUCUUGG